UAGAUCGAUAAACGAAAACAAUGGAUGACGCAGUGAAAAAGAAAGCGAGAAAGACUCGAAAAUAUUGUUGUAUUUGUAAAGGAAUUUAUAGAGGCAUGAUAAUUGAUAACAGAAAAGUGUCUAUGCAUCGAUUUCCACAGGAUAAAUGUUUAAAACGAGUGUGGAUUCAGCGAUGUAAGACCGUGAUGAGAACAUUUAAGUGGAAUGCCAACAAGUUUCUGUGCAGCGAGCACUUUGUUGGAUUAAGAGGGCCAACUGAAAAUAAUCCGUUGCCAUCGAUGUUUCCAACAGAAAGCGGAGACACAAAGACAUUCCCAACAACAUCUCUUGAGAGCACUGACUGUAACAACAACAGUGAUGUCAGUGAUGAUAUUAGCCUCAACGAUGCUUUCCUCACAAUUGAGUCUGACGAUGAUGAGAACUACCAACCCGGACCGCAUUUCAACGUACCAGAUAUAGAGACCAUCAUGGAGGUUUCAGCCUACCUACACGAUUACUGUGCAUUACCUGUAUUGGUGCCUAAAAAAACUGGAACAAGGGCUACGUAUGUUCAGGCAGAACCAGAUAUGAGGUACGGAAGUACACAAACAGAGACUGAUCCUAUAAAAAAAUACACAACCAGUUCAACACAGACAAAAACACACACAUGUGAAGUUGGCAUUCAGUGUUCCUUGCCGUUGCUAACGUACUAUGAUGUUAAAGACAAAGAUGAACAGUUGUGCUUCUAUACAGGUAUACCCAGUAAUGAACAUUUUCAAGCUGUCUUUGACGAAAUAAAGGACAACGCAGAAGAACAGACCUCACGAAGGAAAGUAAGCUACACUACGAAUCAAGGAGGUCGACCGCGCAGCUUGUCAGUGAUAAACGAGUUCUUCAUGGUAUUGAUGAGACUGCGCUUAGGACUUCUGAUUGAAGAUUUAGCCUUUCGAUUCUGUUUGUCAAAAUCACAGUGUAGUGACAUUGUUAACCGGUGGAUUGACUAUUUAAGCGUGCAACUUGCUGUCCUAGUGCAAUGGCCAAGUAUAGAAGUCAUAAAGUCCAACAUGCCAAAAUUGUUCAAAGACAAAUUUCCAGAUACCCGUAUCAUUGUUGACUGUACUGAGAUUUACACUGAAGUCCCUAGCUCUUUGCAACUUAAGUCCCUAAUGUACAGUGACUAUAAAUCACACAUGACUUACAAGGCGCUAGUAGGCAUUAGCCUGAAUGGUGUUGUGACUUUUGUAUCUGAUUUAUGGUGUGGAAGCAUAAGUGAUAAGCAAAUUACAAAGGAAUGUGGCUUACUAGACCUGUUAACCGCAGGUGAUGCUAUUAUGGUGGAUAAAGGUUUUACAAUAAGUGACUUGACAACACCAAAAGCAGUCAAACUAAUAAUACCACCGUUCAAAAGAGCCAAUAAGCAAUUCUCCAAGAAAGACGUGCUUCUCACUAAAGACAUUGCCAUGUGCAGGAUACACGUUGAGCGACAAAUGGAAAGGAUUAAGAAUUUCCGGAUACUUCAAGGAAACAUUCCUAUCUCAAUGGCCCCUCGUGUCUCUAAACUGUUCAAGAUAUGCACAUACUUGACCAAUCUACAACCUCCACUUGUGCAGGAUUAAUAAACAAACAAUAAAUGAAAUUGUAAUGUGAAAUGUGCUCACACAAUGACUGGCUAACAAACACUGUUUAAUCUCAUGUUAACAGGAAUGACCUUGAUAUAGAGUUACUUGAAAAACUGUUAACAUAUAUGUACAUAUGUUUUGCUUGAAAUGCCUGUUUGCAUAAUUUGUUUAUCACUGACUAACACGUACUUGAUUUAUUACAGUAAAAUAAAAUAGUAUGUUGCCUCAAA